GGUUUGGGUUUGGGGAUUGUCCUGUCUGUUGUCGUCCCAAUUUGUUCCUGUUUUCUCCCUUCUUUUGAAAAUUUCCCAUCAUUAUGAUCGGUGAUUAUGUUCCAAAUCCAAGUGACGUCGUAGGAUCAAAGAAGCGAUCUUUAGCAUCGUCCCCCGAUUCAGAGGUCAAAUCAAAGCUGUCCAUCAUGAGUCCUCCAUCUAAGAAGUUGAAGCAAGCUCGUCUGCCAUUCAAAGUCCUAUCUUCCCCCUCACCCAAUCAAUGCCACAAGUCUCCGACCGUUGACACCCUACCUACCAAAAAACGCAAACACUCUGGCUCGGAGAAAUCUGCGUCGUUGAUCCUAUCAACUAAAGGCAAGACUCCAGACGUGAAGACAACGCUGAAGAAAACACUCGAGAGUUCAACAAAGAAGAAGGUCGCGGUUUCGCCCGGAACGCCUAAGAGACCCUGCAUCCAGGCGUCAGAUCUUGAGCCAGAGGUGACAUCGAGCUGUGAAGAUCAAGAUGGAGGGAAAGUGGCCUCAUCGACGACCCCAAGGAGGUUAACAACCACUAAACCCAAGCUCUUGGAAAGCUUCCUUCAGAUAACCCAGCAACCUCAGGUGUCCACAUCUGAUGAUGUCAUCGAGAUUGACGACGAUGAGGUCUUGUCGACCAGCGAUGUCGUCAAAGAUGAGGAUGCCGACGACAUCUCAGAGGGUGGCUCUGAGCAGCCGAGAAGCAACAAGACGUUGGAAGAGGAAAGUCUGAUUGAUCUCACAUUGGAGGUGAGUCAAGAUUCCAAGUCGGCGUCUAAACUCGGCUACGAUGCUGACAUGGAAGAUGAAGAGGAUGAGGAUUUGAGAGCAACACCGACUGCAGUCCCCAUGGAGGACGGAACAAGCAAGACAUCGGGAGAGUCAAGUGAGGCUGAGAGUUCAACAGGCACACUGUCAUCAGCUGGUAAUCUAUCAACACCAAAAAUGAUUGCAAAGACUGCCUCAAAGACUCCGUUAUCUGCCAAAGCCUUGAAGAAAGAAGAGGAACGAAGGAAACUUAGGGAAGAGAAGAUAAAACUGCGCAACGAAAAGAAACGUAAACUGGAAGAAGAGGAGGCUGAGAGGAAACGUCAGAAGAUGGAUCUCAAGGCCGCCAAGGAGCAAGAACGAGAAGAAGCAAGGAAACAGAAAGAGCUAGAGAAAGAAGAGAAGAAGAAGGAGAAACAGCUGAAGAAAGAGGCAGAGGACUUGGACAGAGAGCAGAAGAAGAUGGCCAAGGAGGAGGAGAAGAAAAAGAAACAAGACAUCAUUGAUGCUAAGAUGGAAGAAAAACGCAAGAAGAUCGAAGAAAAGCAGCAGAUAGAAGAUGAGAAGCUCAAAGAGGAAGAAGAAAAGAAAAAGAAAGAGAACCGGCAGAAAACUUUCUUCAAGAGUUUCUUCAAGGAAGCUGCUCCUAUCAAGGAGGUAGUGGAGAAGUCCAGCAACUGGUACGCCCCGUUCCAGGUCAAGGAACACAUGGUUCUAGCUCCACUGGUUCGGAAUCCGAGUUUCAUCGAUACAAAGGAGUCAUUUGAUGCAGCUUUUACCGAUCAGAAUUGUACCUUAUUAUAUUUUGAGGAGCUAAGAACUAAGGUUCGUGCUAAAGGCAAGAUGGGAAAGACUCCUUCAGCUAAGACCAAAGAGAAAGAAGCUACGAGCAGAACCACUUCACCAUCCGUAGAGAAGAUGGGUGAAGAGAAAGAUGCACAGGAUGUUGAGAUAGUGUCCGUGUCUCCCAAACCCAAGAAGCAGACAACGAGAAUGAAGUGCAAAUUUCUUCAGUUUCAUGAGAACUAUCGGCCGGCUUACUACGGUACCUGGAGGCAACAAAGUAAAAUGGUCAACCCGAGGAACUAUCUUAAGAAGGAUGAGGAUUUAUUGGAUUAUGAGAUUGACAGUGAUGACGAAUGGGAGGAGCCAGGAGAAAGUCUCUCACACUCAGAGGGAGAGGAGGAUGGUGAAGAUGACGUGGAUGCAGGAGACUCAGACGAUGGUUUCUUUGUUCCUCACGGAUACCUCUCAGAGAGUGAAGGAUGUGAAGGCGAAGAUGAGGAGGAAGGGGAGUCCUGGAAGGCCAGACGGGCAGCCAAAGCCAAAUCUUGGGAGGUAGAGCUGAAACGUCAGCAAGGGGUCCUCAAAGCAGUCAUCGUCGGCUGUCUGUGGGAGAGUGCCUCCUCCAAGGCGUCGGCUGGCAAUCUUAAAGCAAUGGAGGCUUAUAAGAUUGUUGCCUUGACAGCGACUCCUAUAGACAUUAGGAGGAGGAAGCAGACGACGUCGAAUGAUGAGAUGCCAAGGAAAGACUCGACCUUGAAGAAUGUCAAGUCCAUCAUGGGAGUGUCGCAGGGAAUCUCAAUGAAAAGACCUGUACCUGCUGAGGCUAUGCCUGAUUUGAUCCGUCUAGUCCAUGGCAAUGUAGCCGGUAUCAGGACUCUACAACGCGAGUUCAGAGAGUUCUGGCGACUUGAAACACUCAAAAGAAACUCUGGAAAACCCACUCCUGGAACUGCAGUAGAUGUGCCAUCGGCAUUUACCCCGACGGAAGUAUCAUCCAAAAGCAGUCCAGGAACAGCUGAAGGAUCGCCUGUAUCAACGAUUUCUUCUGCAUCUCUAGAAGGCGAAGUGGACAAACCCUCUGUUAUAAGCGCUCAACAAACUGUUGGUGCAGUGGCUGUCUGCCAAAGUUCACCUAACACUUUGAUCGUAGGGACCUCGGUGAUGCCCACUCCUGGGGUAACGCCCGCCACAUUGACGCCCUCUCCUGGGGUAACGUCCACCACGGAUAUCACCACCACCACCGCGGACAACAUUGAUUGCUCCAUUUCAAAACGCCAGCUGCUCAUCACAAUCAACGCCAUAGCGGUACGCGAAAGGCGUCAAGAACACUCGCGGACUUGUUGGUACGUUCACAACGAUCUCCUGCAGCACUACAACCUGCAGAGUUUGCCGAUCCCGAGCGAAUGGCAGUACAUCACGAAACCUCAGAAGGCGCUACGAGCGGAGAGUCCUCUCCUCGGACAUGGGAUACCAACCGUGAAUUAUAACCACACAAGGAUUAAUCCAGCUGGUGGGUUACCAGUGAUGAUGCCACAGAGUCAGGGAAUGCCGAUGCACCAGGUUUAUACCCCAUCGCUAAACUCACCCAUGACCCAUCCACAUGGAAUACCAAGGGAGGUGCAGUGGAGGUUACACGGAAACACAGUACGAGAAAAUCUAGCCUCUAUGAAAUCAGGGCAAGUCAAGCCAGCUGAAAUGCCCUUACCCCACCAGGCAAUGAUCCAACCUGCUGCUGGUGUACAUGUACCUAUCCACAGCUCGGUGUAUAACUGCAUGUCUCCGAUGGAGAUCAUCCAGAAGCUGUCACAAUCAAUUCCCAGACAGCCUGUUCAGCAGCCUCAGCCCCAACUUUUCAAACCCGUGUUGUCGAAUGAACAAGUUCACUACAUGAACGUGCUUCCCAAGCAGGUUGUAUCACACCCAACAACGACGACGACGUCCCAGAUCUUAGGUUCUCUGUCGUUGCAAUCCCAGAUCGACCAAGCUGCCAUGCUCGGCCAAGAGGUGAAAGCGCCACAUAUGAGCCCCACAGACAUCAAGGCUAUGCUGGCGUUGCAAGCAGCUACAGAGCGAGCUGCAAGAUCCAACAUGAUCCAAAUACCAAUUAGUACCCCGACUUUGCCACAGUUGGCUGCUAACAGCGCAGCGCCUGCGCCCAAGAUACUCGAUGAAUCGACUGGUCUUUCACUUCCGCAGCAACCGACCAAAAAGACGGCGACGCUAAAGAAUUUCUUCAAACCCUCGACCGCAUGCACCACAGAAAAAAUGGACACUUCAGAAGAUAUCAAGGACGCCAAACAGGUUUCUGUGAGUGAGUGUCCGGCACAAACUACCCAGGCAGAUAGCUCUGAAAUAAACGAAGUAGGAGCAAGAGUUUUGGAGAGCAAAUUAGAGGAAAAAACAAAGUUGGGUUGUCCAGACACGCCAGAGGAAAAGAUGAGCAUUGAGGUUGGUGAGGUGGUAAAUAAAGGGGAUGUAAUUGUUAUAGAAUAAGGGAUAGGAUAUACAUGUAUUUAGUAGGACUCAAAUUUGUGGGAAGUUUCUUAACACCGUAGCUCAGAAUCUUUACUGGUCUGACAUUUCAUUUCAAAAGACCAGAACCAAAAUGAGAAGAGUCUAAAACCAAAAUGAGAAGAGUCUAAAACCAAAAUGAGAAGAGACUAGAAUCAAAAUGAGAAGAGACUAGAACCAAAAUGAGAAAACAUCUUUAUCAUCUUAAACACAAACUAAGAGAAGAUUUCUCCCUUCUGUUUUAUGGGUGAUACUCAGUAGGAUUGAAAGAUAUUUGUGAGACUCAAACUCAUUAUUUGAAUAUCAUUCUUUUAAGACAAAGAUGUUGACUUGAAGAAAUAAACAAGACCACUGUACUUGAGUUGACUGGCUUGACACUGAAAGGGCCAGUGGUCUAGUGUUAGCUCUGUUCACAAACAAAGCGAUUGUACACUAUUCACCGAUGUGAAACAACUAUUUACCCAGCGCUUUUUGCAGAACUGAUAUUCUUCCUAAUUUUUUGGGGGUACUUGUGAAAAAUCACCCAAAUUUUUAUCAAGUUGUCUGGAAAGUCUAUAAAACCUACCAUAUGGACAUUUAGGUCGGGCUUUGAAAUCAAUCAAAGUUUUAGACAAUUUUCUGUCCUGGAAUUUCAUGUUUGAGGGGGGCAAGGGCAUUUUCAUUUUGGAAAGGGCACUUCCAUUGGAAAAACUUAAGUCUGGGGGAAACUUUUGUAGGGGCACCAAUGCCACUUCUAGUGGUAAUAGAGGCCUCUUUGUAUUUCCAUGCCUGUUUUUUUUUUUUUUUUUUACAAGAGCCAAAUACGCCAUACGACAGGCUAAAACAAAAUCCACAGAAUCUUUGAUGGAAUCGAACCCUCAACCCAUAGAGCAGAUGUCUUGAAUAUCUAAAAGAGAUCAAAACAUAUAAACUUUUUUGAACAGUGAAUACAAAUUGUGGGGUUUCCAAUUACAUGUUUUUCUUUCUAUUUCAAGGAUUAUUUUUGUUUCUUGUUUUUCUUGUGUUAUAAUAAAUCUUUAAUACAGUAGCACAUUAUUGUUUUAUCCUUUAUAUUAUAUUUAUGUAUGACAUAGAGUGAUAUGAAUAGAUUGUAUAAAUGGUAGACCGGUUGAAGUUGUUAGAAAUAUGUGAGAGGUACAAGCAAAGUUAACUUUAAAAUAAAAUUUAAAACCUACAUGUAAAUAUGUGAUUUGUAGAGGCCCAUUUGCAGGACGGAAAAGUCUUGUCUGGUGAUGGCAGUUCAAUGCACACCUCCAUGAAAGUCCAACAGUAUAUUUCAAUACUUCAGAACUCAAACUGCAGUCCUUGUAGUUUACUGGACCAGAAUUUAUUUUACGAGAAUCUUAAUUAAAAAAACUUAUCUUCAUAAUUUGACAUUAUAACUAAAUUAUUUGAACAAGCACUAAAAGAAGAUUUAAAGUCUCAUUUGUCUUAUGGGAAAAUAAAUUGCAAUUCUGAACAGAAUUUACAGUUAUUUAUCGGUAGUUUUCUGGUUCAAGGCUAAAAUCACUGCCCUCAGGCUGCGUACAAUUUAAACCCUAGCUAACCCUAACAUUUCAAAAUGCACCUAGGCAAUGACCAGGGGCUUAAAUGUAGAGGGAGGCAAUAACAUUGAAGUAAUAAUCGGACAUUUGCCGAAGCCAGGUUAAUCCAAAUUGUUCUUGAAAAUGUAACCUUAUCUUGGUUGGUAAGCAACAAUUUACUAUGCUCAGCAACUUUGUGUGCAUAAGCAGCUCCAUGAAAUAGACCGAUCCAGUAUGCUCCGACCAUGACAAACAUGUGGGCAAGAACACGUGCGCCUCUCCAAUGCCUUUAUGCACAACUCUGCCGCGCGCGCCAAGAUAGGCGCACGCAUGUUGGACCUUCGUUGCAUUGUGAUUGGUCAAUACGCAAUGGGGCGGAGCUUAAUAGAUCGGUCUAUUGGGGCCAGGAGUGAGAUUUGGAUUAGUGGCAGAUAUUUUUUUUUUUCCUGUUGUUUUUUUUUCUUGGUAAAACUCAUUUUUAUUUUACAGUAGUUUGAUUUGUGUAGAUAUAUAAACGUACCAAGCCAUUUCAGUUUUCAUAGAUACAUUUAUUAUUAUUUACUUUCGGUAAACAGUAUUGCCCGAAGGCCCACAC